UGCAAUAUGGGUUCCAAAGUCGAUGACUUCCGCAACAAACUUGAGAAAACUCUGAGCGAGGAGGGCAGACCAUGGACGCCUAUUCUUGGCAAGGCGGAGGAAAAAACCGGCGUUAAGAGACUGUACAUUGUCAUCGGCAUUGCCAUCCUCGUCGGUCUGUACCUGCUCUUCGGCUACGGUGCUCAGCUGCUGUGCAAUGUCAUCGGCUUCAUUUACCCAGCCAUCCGCUCGAUCAAGGCCAUCGAGACGAGGAACAAGGAGGAUGACACCAAGUGGCUCACCUACUGGGUUGUCUUCGCCGUCUUCUCACUUUUUGAGUUCUUCUCAGACCUGCUGCUCAGCUGGUUCCCCUUCUACUAUCUCGCCAAGUGCUUAUUCCUGGUGUGGUGCUUUGCUCCAAAUGAGUACAAUGGCUCCCUGAUGGUCUACAGCCGCAUCAUUCGUCCCGUGUUUUUGAGGCACGAGAGCGAUGUCGACAAGGUGCUCAGCUCCGCCACCGAUAAGCUUGGCGAGCUCGCCGGCAAUGCCGCCAAAUUGGCCACUGAUGCUGCCUUCAAGAAGUCCGAUUAAAAAAGACAAACUCGCCUCAACAAUCGCACGAAUUUUUAUCUUUAAAUUUCCCUUUUAUCAUAUUCAAUUAGCCAAUGAUCUCUAUCCACAUCCACAAAGACAUGAUGUUGUUAUGUUUUAAAUUAAUGCUAAAAAUACGCCUUAUAUCGCUUUAUACAAAAUAUUCUUUGCCGUGCCACUGUCCUUUAAUAAAUCAUGUUUGUCUUUACCGUUGA